GUUCCCAAUCAAGGGCUAGAAGGAACACGAGUUACCUAGGUGGGAUCUGUGGGAGCUACCCCGCGACUGUUGCAAAAAAUGCCGUACCUUGGCUCAGAGGACGUGGUGAAAGAGCUGAAGAAGGCUAUGUGUAACCCUCACAUUCAGGCUGAUAGGCUGCGCUACCGGAAUGUCAUUCAGCGAGUGAUUAGAUCUGGCUCUCCUUGCCAUUAAUACACUGUGCAAAGACUGCUCAGACCCCAAUCCAAUGGUCCGAGGGCUGGCUCUGCGGAGUAUGUGCAGCCUCCGGAUGCCUGGUGUGCAGGAAUAUAUCCAACAACCUAUUCUCAACGGUUUACGGGACAAGGCUUCAUACGUCAGGAGGGUGGCGGUCCUUGGCUGUGCUAAGAUGCAUAAUCUUCAUGAAGACUCUGAAGUGGAUGGUACCUUGGUAAAUGAGUUAUACAGUUUGCUGCGUGACCAGGAUCCGAUUGUGGUUGUGAACUGCCUGAGGUCUCUAGAGGAAAUUCUGAAACAUGAAGGGGGCGUUGUCAUCAAUAAGCCCAUUGCCCAUCAUCUCUUAAAUCGAAUGUCAAAACUGGACCAGUGGGGCCAGGGUGAAGUAUUGACCUUUCUGCUCCGCUACCAGCCACGUAGUGAGGAGGAGCUGUUUGACAUUCUCAAUCUGUUAGACAGCUUUCUCAAGAGCAAUAGUCCAGCUGUGGUGAUGGGGGCCACCAAACUUUUCCUGAUCUUGGCCAGAAAUUUCCCCCACGUACAAAAGGAUGUACUUGUGCGAGUCAAGGGCUCUUUGCUUGCUGCCUGUUCUUCGGAGAGCCGCGAGCUCUGUUUUGCUGCCCUCUGCCAUGUGCGCCAGAUCUUGCAUAGUUUGCCGGGUCACUUCAGCACUCACUACAAGAAGUUUUUUUGCUCUUACUCGGAGCCCCACUACAUCAAGCUGCAGAAAGUGGAGGUGCUGUGUGAGCUGGUGAAUGAUGAGAAUGUGCAGCAGGUGUUAGAGGAGCUCCGGGGGUACUGCACUGACGUGUCUGCCGACUUCGCACAGGCUGCCAUCUUUGCCAUAGGUAGCAUUGCCAGGACCUACACAGACCAGUGUGUGCAGAUUCUGACGGAGUUGCUCAGCCUUCGACAAGAGCACAUCACCACAGCGGUGAUGCAGACUUUCCGAGACCUGGUUUGGUUGUGCCCCAAGUGUACUGAAGCGGUGUGUCAGGCCCUGCCCGGCUGUGAGGAGAACAUCCAAGACAGUGAGGGAAAGCAGGCACUUAUUUGGCUGCUUGGGGUCCAUGGGGAGAAAAUCCCCAAUGCUCCUUAUGUGCUGGAAGACUUUGUGGAGAAUGUGAAGUCGGAGACAUUUCCAGCCGUAAAGAUGGAGCUCCUCACGGCACUGCUGCGUCUGUUCCUCUCACGACCUGCUGAGUGCCAGGACAUGCUCGGACGUUUGCUGUACUACUGCAUAGAGGAAGAAAAGGAUAUGGCGGUACGGGACCGAGGUCUCUUCUAUUAUCGCCUCCUCUUAGCUGGUGUUGAGGAGGUUAAGCGGAUCCUAUGCAGCCCUAAAUCGGACCCUUCUCUUGGACUGUUGGAGGAUCAGGCAGAAAGACCUGUGAAUAGCUGGGCCUCAGACUUCAACACACUGGUGCCAAUUUAUGGCAAAGCCCGCUGGGCAACUAUCUCUAAACUCCAGUGGGCAGAGCACCAUGGUCCAGAGCUUCCUAAUACUGCAUCCUUUGCCACAUCAGGCCCCCUGAUUCCUGAGGAGCACAAGGAGCAGAUACAAGAACUCUCUGAUUCUGGAGCCCUCACACUUGUCCCCAAUCACCAGAUUACUGCUGAGUAUUUUGAGAAAACUUGGCUUAGCCUCAAAGUUGCUCACCAGCGAGUGUUGCCUUGGCAGGGAGCAGUUCAUCCUGACACCCUCCAGGUGGCCCUGCAAGUCGUGAACAUCCAGACCAUCGCAAUGAGCAGGUCUGGGGCUCAACCAUGGAAAGCCUACCUCAGUGCUCAGGAUGACACUGGCUGCCUGUUCUUAACAGAACUGCUGUUGGAACCCGAACACGUGGAAAUGCAUAUCUCCGUGAAACAAAAUGAGGCGAGGACAGAGACACUGAACAGUUUUAUUUCCGUAUUAGAAACUGUGCUUGGAACAAUCGGAGACAUAAAAUCCUAACAGAUUCUGGCUGCUUGUCCUGAGAUGGAUAGUUGUCAGAGUUCCUCAGUGUUUCCUAUUAGAGCUGCUUGUAAAUCCAUGUGAUGUCAGAUGCAAAGGAGAAUGGGAAAUCUAGGAGUUAGUAGUCUUGUUUUUUCCCUUUUUCUCCCAAAGACUUAACUCCUCUUUUGCCUAUGGCAAAUAGUCCCACUUUCCAUGAUGAUAUUAUAGAGAAAAAUAUUGGUAAUGGAGAUUGCAGUUUGGGGGUGGGGUGAGAAUACAAUUUGGAUUUUUUUCUAAUCUGUUUUAAGUAUUGUUUUACUUAAAGACAUCUGACGUUUGUGGAAA